UCCAGGGUGUAGGAUUUAGCGGUCAAUUUGGAAUUAGGAAUCAAAUGUAGUUCAGGGACUUACAGCUGUCCUUAAUUAGCCAAUGACAUUAGAAGGGUCUGGGAUUUGUAGGAGCAACCAAAAAGCCUGCCAGAUACAGCAAAAGGGAUAUUAAACUAGGGCUUAUAUCGGCCAUUAGGUCUGAUUACUGGUGAAGUUUCGAGGCGCAAAAUGGCCGUGAUGAUUGGAAUCGCUUUCAGAGUUUCUUGGUUUUGUUGCCUGCUAAUUGGCGGGAUAACCUGUUCUACAUCAAGUGAUGGCUAUCAUGCACCAGGUUCUGAUGCAGUAUGUCUCUAUGCAGGCUCACUUCGGUCUAAAGGCUAUGGAAAAUACAUCUCUCCAACAGCUCAAUUGCAAGCGCAGCUGACCGAAGAGCAACAGAAACAUCUGGCCUCCAUCCUGCAAAAGCAACUGGCCCCCAUGCCCCAGGCACCUCAGAAAAUGUGGUAUCCAACUCAAAUGCCCCAGCAGGAAAAGCAACUGGCCCCCAUGCCCCAGGCACCUCAGAAAAUGUGGUAUCCAGUUCAAAUUCCCCAGCAGCAAAAGCAACCAGCUACUGGGCCUCAGCAGCAGACGGAACUGACCACCAUGCCCCAGAAGCAACAGGCUCCAAUGGAUAUACCGCAGCAACAACCAACAGCUAUGCCCCAGCAAACAUGGUAUCCAGCUCAAAUACAGCAGAAGCAACCGGCCACCAUUCACCAGCAAGUGUGGCAUCCAGCUCAAUUGCCCCAGCAGCAAAAGCAACCAGCUACUGAACCUCAGCAGCAGAAGGAACCGGCCGCCAUAAGCCAGCAACCUCAGCAAGUGUUGCAUCCAGCUCAAAAGCCGCAGAAGCAACUGACUGCCAUGCCCCAGCAAGUGUGGUAUCCAGCUCAAAAGCCCCAGCAGCAGAAUCAACCCGCCGCUGAACCUCAGCAGCAGAUUGACCUGACCGCCAUGCCCCAGCCUCAGCAAAUGUGGCAUCCAGCUCAAUUUCCCCAGGAGCAACCAGUCCCUAUGCGUCAACUGCAGAAGGAUCUGACCGCCAUUCCACCACAACUGUGGCAUUCUGCUCAAAUGCCCCAGCUGCAUAAGCAACCGGCUGCCAUGCUUCAGCAAGUGUGGCAACUGGCCCCCAUUCCCCAGCAGCCUCAUGACGUGUGGUAUCCAGCUAAAAUGGUCCAGAAGCAACGAGCCGCUGCAGCUCGGCGGCAGAAGGAACUGACCACCGUGCCUCAGCAAGUGUGGUAUCCAGCUCAAAUGCCCCAGGAGCAGAAGCAACUGGCCACCAUAACGCAGCAAGAGUUGCAUCCAGUGCACCUUCCCCAGCAGCAUCAGGAACCGGCCACCAUACCCCAGCAAGUGAGAUAUCCAGGUCAAAUGCCCCAGAAGCAUCUGGCCUCCAUGCCUCUGCCGCAGAAGCAACCGACCGCCAUGCCCCAGCAAGAGUGGCAUCCAGCUCAAAUGCUGCAGACGCAACUGGCCCCAAUGCCUAUCCAGCAGAAACAACCAACAGCUUUACUCCAGCAAGCAUGGUAUCCAGCUCAAAUGUCCCAGCAGCAGAAACAACUGGCCACCAUGCUGCAGAAGCAACCAGCCCCAAUGCCUCAACCGCAGAAGGAACAGGCCACCCUGCCCCCGCAAGUGUGGCAUCCAGCUCAAAUGCCACAGCAGCAAAAGCAACCAGCUGCCAUGCUUCAGCAAGUGUGGCAUCUGGCACAGAAGCAACCGGCCCCUAUACCCCAGCAGCCUCACGACGUGUGGUAUCCAGCUAAAAUGGUCCAGAAGCAACAAGUCGCUGCACUGACCGCCAUGCCGCAGAAGCAUCAGCAAGUGUGGCAUCCAGCUCAAUCUCCGAAGAAGCAACCGGCAUCCACCCCUCUACCGCAGGAGCAGCCGCCCGCCGUAUCCCAGCAAGUGUGGUAUCCAGCUCAAAUGUCCCAGCAGCCGAAGCUACACACUGCCAUGCCACAGCAGCAACUGACCGCCAUGCCACAGCAAUUAUGGCAUGUAGCUCAAAUGACCCAGAAGCAACUGGCCCCAAAUUCUCAGCAGAAGCACUACCAAAGCACUGAAGAUGGUGCCUCUGGUAGCGCUCAGGCCAGCAUCGUUGAACAGUCGGGUGUCAUCCCAAGCUAUUCCUACAGUUCCAAAUCGCACUACGAGAAUGGCAGAACUGUCUCUUCCCAAAUCAGCUACACUCCUAGGGAGGCUAUUUCUGUUGACAGUGGAAAUGCUCCCAAGGACGGUUAUGUUAGCAUUGGUGCACCAAGCAUAUAUCCACCACUAGUGAAGGAUUCUGCAAGGAAAAUGUAAUGGAUUCAUCCUCUAGAAGCUCUAAUGGACGUUGCUGGUGCUCUUGCUACUCUAGAGUUAUGGAAAACAUCAACAAUUUUACUUUCAAAAAUGCCUUGUCUCUUUGAAAUAAUGAUUCUCGUGUCCAUUGCUUGCGAAUUGAGAACAGGUGGUGUGCAGUCUUGUAAAAAUGACUGUUCAGUUAAUUCUUUGGUUGUUCAUCUUUUACCUUUGCUACUGGUUGUUCAAAAUAAAAGCUUGGGUCUACAUGA